GGGCGUCAGCUUCUGGUACUUUCGCCGCGUCUGCGGACUGUGCGUUUAGUUCGCGUCUGGACGUCUGAGGUGGAGGUUGUGCGUCUGCUCUGUGAGAGUAGAAACGAAGUACCUCUCUUCGUCCUAAGCUUUGAGGGGAAGGCGUUCGUUGGUCCUUUCUCUCCGUCUUGAGCGAGGCGUCGACGGCCUGCGCUACUCUCGAGAAGGAGUUUUUUCCUGAGGAACGGGAAACCUAGAGCCGCAGGUGAAGAUGUCCAACUACGUGAACGACAUGUGGCCGGGCUCGCCGCAGCAUUCCCCCUUGGUGUCCGGGUCGGGCAGUUCCAGCCGGCUGUCGUCGCGGUCGAGGAGCCGCUCUUCCAGAAGCUCUCGGUCCUACUCCCGCGUCUCCAGUCGGUCGUCGUCCGGGAGUCGGAACCGGCCCCGAAGAAGGAGCAGGUCCAGGUCUCGUUCCCGAAGGCGCCACCAGCGGAAGUACAGGCGCUACUCGAAGUCUUACUCGCGGAGCCGGUCGCCGUCCCGUAGCCGCCGGUACCGAGAGCGGCGCUACGGGCCGUCCAGGAGAUACUACCGGUCUCCUUCGCGGUCCCGGUCCCGGUCCCGGAGCCGGUCGCGCUCUCGGGGAAGGUCGUACCGCAGAAGCUCCUACUCGCACACGCGGGGGCGGCGCUACUACGGCUUUGGGCGCACGGUGUCCCCGGAGGCGUACAGGUGGAGGGGGAGAUCCAGGACGAGGUCUCGGAGCAGAACCCCUCUCCGCUUAAGUGAAAAGGAUCGGAUGGAGCUGUUAGAAAUAGCAAAAGCCAAUGCAGCAAAAGCUUUAGGAACAACCAACAUUGAUUUGCCAGCAAGUCUCAGAGCUGUAGCUGUAGCUAAAGAAACAAACCAUGGAACUGCUGUACCAAAUUCUGGUGCUAAGUUGGAGCUGUCAGAAGAGCUAACAGAAGAUGGAACUAAAAAUCCAGGUCAAAAAUCUUACCAGCAAAGAAGCAUAGCUUUUAGCUCUAAUAAUUCUGUAGCAAAGCCAAUACAGAAAUCGGCUAAAGCUGUUGCUGAAGAGACAACUUCAGGGUCACCAAAAAUAAAUCAGAAGAAAAGUCCAUAUGGACUGUGGAGACCUGUGUAAAAGAAGAAAACUAAUGGCUAAGUUUGCAUGAAACUGCACUUUAUUUCAAAUUUGUGUUUCUAGCAUUAUCCCAUUCCUUUGAGGCAUUUAGUGGUAAUUAUUGCAGUUAAAAACCAACACAAAAAGAUGUAAAUACUUAAUAUUCAAAUAUUAAUAUUUUAGGUUUCUCUUGCGGGUAAGAGCACAAAUGGACCAAAGUUUACAUACAGGGUGGGAGUCUUGGGUGUGUGUGUAUAGAUGUAUAUACACUUGUAAAUAUUGAUUAUCAGUUGUUUACAUAGAAAUGAAAUUUCUAAGACAAACACAGUAAUUGAAGUAUUUUGUAUAUUAAUAAAUUUCUUUUUAUUAUUCA